CCCACCCCGUGCGCCCUCGCAUCGCCGCUUCCUCCCUCCCUCCCCACGAAGACCAUUUGUUUGCCAUGGCCGCCGCGUUGACCCGCGCGCCGUCCCUCCGAUCCGCCAUCCGACGGCUCGGAUCCUCCCACGCCUUCUUCUUCGCCUCCGCGGCGGCGUCGGCCCCGCGCCGCGAAGCGAGGGCUGCCAGCGCGGCCGCGGCGGCGGCAGUGGCGGCCGGGUCUGGGCUGGGGAUCUGGCUGCUGCCGCCGAUCGCGCAGCCGCUGGCGGACUCCGGCCAGGUGGGGAAUGUGCCUGCGGCGGCGGCGGCGGAGGCGUUCGGCGGUGUCGCGUCCGCGGAGGAGGAGGAGGAGGAGCCGGAGGAGAGGCGCAGGUUCCUGUUUGGAGACUCGUAUCGCAGAAGGGUGUUCUUCAACUACGAGAAGAGGAUCCGGACGCGCAGCCCUCCUGAAAAGAUCUUUGAAUAUUUCGCGUCCGUUCGGAACCCAGAGGGUGAAGUUUACAUGUUACCCGCGGACCUGAUGAGGGCGGUUGUCCCCGUUUUUCCGCCAUCUGAAUCGAAAGCCGUCAGGGAAGGGAGGCUCAGAGGGGAGCGCAAUCCUGGCGAGUUACACUGUUCCCCGUCGGAAUUUUUCAUGUUGUUCGACACGAAUGGAGAUGGGCUCAUCUCUUUCGCUGAGUACAUUUUCUUUGUGACACUGCUUAGCAUUCCUGAAUCGAGCUUCAAUGUAGCUUUCAAGAUGUUUGACCUUGACCACAAUGGGAAAAUAGACAAAGAAGAGUUUAAGAAAGUAAUGACGUUGAUGCGGUCCUAUAAUAGGCAAGGAGCUGCCCACAGGGAUGGUUUACGUUUUGGUCUUAAAGUUGGUCAAUCGGUGGAAAAUGGUGGACUGGUUGAGUACUUCUUUGGCAAGGAUGGGAAUGACCAUUUACACUAUGAUACGUUCUCUGAUUUUUUGAAGCAAUUGCACGAUGAGAUUGUUCGCUUGGAGUUCAGUCACUAUGAUGUCAAAUCAUCCAAGACAAUAUCUGUGAAGGACUUUGCAUUAUCCAUGGUUGCUUCUGCUGAUAUGAAUCACAUAAAUAAGCUAAUUGACAGAGUUGAUGAUUUUGAUGUUGAUCCUGAUCUCAAGGAUUUGCGUGUUACCUUUGAGGAAUUCAAGGCUUUUGCUGAUCUGCGGCGAAAAUUGGAACCAUUCGCAAUGGCAAUCUUCAGUUAUGGCAAAAUAAAUGGUUUGCUGACCAAGCAGGAUCUAAAACGUGCAGCAAAUCAUGUUUGUGGAGUGGACUUGACUGAUAAAGUGGUGGACGUCAUUUUCCAUGUGUUCGAUGCAAACCAGGAUGGGAGCCUAAGCGCAGAUGAGUUCUUGAGGGCACUGCAAAGACGAGAAAGUGAUAUUCGCCAGCCAGCUACUUCAGGUUUAUUGGGAGUAUUUACCUGUUUGUUGAACUGUACAAAGUGUUCUGUUCAGCAGAUGGUGAUCUAG